GGUGAGUGGGCAGGAGUUGUUUACUGGGCGAAAGACUCCUCGCGCAAGGAGACACGGAAAGAGGGGCAACCUGACGCAGAGAACGUAGCACACAGCCACUAACGUGAACUUUUUACACUUAAACCGUCUUUUUUUCCUAAACGAUUUUUCUUUUCCGUAGAUCAUUUUGUCUGUGACCAAUAUUGGAGACGAGACGCGCGUUCGACGUGUGUGUGUUUUCUAUUUCAACUCCGCGCCGACGCGGAAAGCUGGUUUGUUUUGGAUUAGCUAGCUAGCUUUAGCUACAGCCCUCCUCGUUGUCGUCGUUGCCGUCCUCCUCCUCCCUCCUUCCUUCCUUCCAUCAGCUAAUCUGAGGAAAAGAAACGGGCAGUGUGGUAUCACUUUUUUCUCCACUUCAGGCGAACGUAACCGUCAUUUUUCGCCCAAGUGGAACUAAAGACAAAUAGCUACAGCGUUUUCAAUUUUUGGAGAGCCCGCACCCCCCCCCCCCCCUCCCAGCGCCGUUUUGGACGUUUUCUCGGUGUUGGGUGCUGCUGCCUUGGUGGAGGUGGAGGUGAAGGAGUUCACGGGAUGGUCGCAGCUCCAAAACCAGGCACGUUUUUCCUGCCCAAAGCGAGUGUGAUCUCGCUGGAAAAUGCUCUUUACGCCCCUGAAGAUAUUGAUCUUCAAAUAUUUUAUUUUCCCAGUUUCCUGCGAUUAAUAGAUUAAAUGUUCACGGUUGAAUAGAAUUAGUACGAUUUUGUCAAGAACACACGACCGUGGACUGUCGCUUUUACCUAUGGAAAAUGAACAUUUUGACACAAACGUGUGUCACCAGGAACGAAGACCAACGUUUUUAGGGAACACGUCCCGAACUCGGGCCUCGGGGGUACCCGUUUAUUAUCGAGCCGAGGGGAGGGGGGCACCCCUUGAAUAAAGUGAGCGGUUAACAAACACUUUUAGGGGUUGUCCACAUCAGAGUGUUUUUACGUGUCCUCGAGUCAAAAUGAGGCGGUGGACGCUUGAACUCGGAGCACAACUUGUACUUUGGAUCGUUUUCAUCAUAUGCCAGCAUGGACUCACUAACGGAGAAAUUUGUCAGAGCAAAGACAUCCGCAACAAUGUGACCAACCUCCAAUCGCUGGAGAACUGCACCAUCAUCGAGGGCCACCUAAAGAUCCUGCUCAUGUUCAAGACUAAAACCGAGGACUUUCGGGGUCUCAGCUUCCCCAAGCUGCAGGUGGUGACCGACUACAUGCUGCUCUUCCGCGUCUACGGCCUCGAUUCCCUCACCGAUCUCUUCCCGAACCUGACCGUGAUUCGCGGCAACAACCUCUUCUUCAACUACGCCCUUGUCAUUUACGAGAUGCUGCAACUGAAGGAGGUGGGCCUUCACAGCCUCAUGAAUAUCACCAGGGGGGCUGUGAGGAUUGAGAAGAACCCAGAUCUUUGCUACCUGGCCACUCUGGACUGGUCCAAGAUCUUGGACUCGGUGGAAGACAACUACAUUGUGGAGAACAAGAAUGACCGGGAGUGCGGAGACGUGUGCCCCGGCACGGCCCAAGGUCAGACCGUCUGCCCCCAGAACACCAUCAACGGGCACUUCAGGGGAAGAUGCUGGUCCCAGAACCACUGCCAGAGAAUGUGCCUGGACCGCUGUAAGCAUGGCGCAUGUAACCUCCGGGGCCAAUGCUGCCACGACCAGUGCUUGGGCAGCUGCUCGGAGCCAGGCAACGCCAGCAGCUGUGUGGCCUGCAGGAACCUGCAGCAUGCCAACACCUGUGUGGAGAAGUGCCCCGCUGGAUACUACGUCUUCCGGGGAUGGCGCUGCGUUAGCUUCUCCUUCUGUCAGGCACUCCACAACCAGUGUAAGGAGACCAAGAGACUGAACCAGGGCCGGGAGUCUGGUUGCCAUGAAUACGUCAUCCACAACGGCGCCUGCAUUCCUGAGUGUCCUUCUGGAUACACCACUAUAAACUCCUCCAUGUUGACGUGCUCGCCGUGCGCAGGUCUCUGUCCCAAGCUUUGCGUGGGGAAUAAAACCAUUGACUCGGUCACCUCGGCCCAGGCGUUGAGAGGUUGCACCGUUCUCCACGGCAACAUGAUCAUCAAGAUUCGAGGCGGGAAUAACAUAGCUGCUGAGCUGGAGGCUAGUUUGGGUCAGAUUGAGGAGAUCACAGGCUACCUGACGGUUCGCAGAGCCUACGCCCUCGUGUCCCUCUCAUUCCUCCGUAAACUGCGCAUCAUCAGGGGGGAGCAUCUUGAGGGAGACAUCUAUUCCUUCUAUGCACUGGACAACCAGAAUCUGCGUGAGCUGUGGGACUGGUCCAAGCACAACCUGACCAUCCAGCGUGGCCGCACCUUCUUCCACUAUAACUCUAAACUGUGCAUGUCUGAAAUCAGCAAAAUGGAGCGGGUGACGGGCACCAUCAAGCGCAACCAAAAGAAUGACAUUGCCGGGCGCACCAACGGAGACCAAGCCUCCUGUGAAACCAAGCUGCUGAAAUUCACAUUCAUCAAGGCGGCGUCAAACAAGAUUUUAGUGAAGUGGGAGCCUUUUUGGCCGUUAGAUUUCAGAGACUUGCUGGGGUUCAUGGUUCUCUACAAAGAAGCGCCGUACAAGAACGUGACCGAGUUUGAUGGGCAGGAUGCGUGCGGUUCAAACAGUUGGGUGAUCGCCGACGUUGACCCACCGGCACGUGUUACCGACAACAAGGAGCAGAAUGAACCGGGCCAUUUGAUCCGACCCCUGAAGCCGUGGACUCAGUACGCCAUCAUGGUCAAAACCCAGCUGUCCGCGUCUGACGAGAAUCAGGUUCACGGGGCCAAGAGUGAGAUCAUCUAUGUCCGCACCGAUGCUUCCAAGCCCUCAGUGCCUCUUGAUCCCAUCUCUUCCUCCAACUCCUCCUCUCAAAUCAUCCUCAAGUGGAAGCCCCCCACCAAUCCCAACGGCAACAUCACCCACUACCGGGUUGUCUGCCGCAAGCAACCCGAGGACAGUGACCUCUACAAGUUUGACUACUGCCUGCAAGGAAUGAAGCUGCCAUCGCGGACCCCGACCCACCUGGAUAGCGAUGACGAGCAGAAGUGGAACCACACAGACGAGCCGAACAUUGGGGGCAAGUGUUGCGCCUGUCCCAAGACGGACGUUCAGCUCAAGAAGGAGCAGGAGGAGAUUGAGUACCGCAAGACCUUUGAGAACUACCUGCACAAUGAAGUCUUUGAGAGCAGACCUUCGCGUCGGCGACGUUCAGUGGGAGUGGCCAACGCCACCGAAAUGCCUUUCCUUCUUCCUACAGUCCCCAGCGUUCAUAACGGUUCUACCAAAGCCACGCCCAAAGAGGAGGAUGAGGAGGGAGCUAAGGUUGAACUAAAAGUCUUCUCAAAAGAAUCAACUGUCAUCUCCAACCUGCAACACUUUACCAGUUAUAAGAUUGAGAUUAUGGCCUGCAACCAUCCCACAGACCUCAAGCGCUGCAGCAUGGCGACUUAUAUCAGUGCUCGGACUAUGCCGGAAGAGAAAGCAGAUGACAUCCCAAGCCAGGUGACCCAUGAGUUAAUGAACGGCGAGCCUGCAUCCGUGUUCAUUAAGUGGAAGGCACCCGUCUCUCCAAAUGGUCUCAUCAUCCUCUAUGAGGUCUUCUACAGGAAAGUUGGUGAGACUGAGGUCCACACAGCUUGUGUUUCUCGGCCUGCGUACCUCAAGUCUGGCGGCACCAAGCUGUCGCUCGUACACCCCGGGAACUACAGCGUGAGGAUCCGCGCCACCUCCUUGGCAGGAAACGGCUCUUUCACAGAAACCACCUACUUCGUCAUGCCCAACAAGGAUCCCGGUAUAGUUGGCGUUGUCAUUGGCCCAGUCAUCUGCUUCAUCCUGCUGUUGAUCGUGGGGGGUGCCGUCUUUGUGGUCUUCAAGAAAAAGCAGACAGAGGGCCCAACUGGACCUCUCAUUGCCUCCUCAAACCCAGAGUAUCUCAGUGCCAAUGACGUUUAUGUUCCUGACGAAUGGGAAGUGCCACGGGAAAAGAUCACGGUGCUCGGGGAACUGGGCCAGGGCUCCUUCGGCAUGGUGUACGAAGGAAUCGCCAAGGACAUUGUCAAAGGUGACCCGGACACCCGCGUGGCCGUCAAGACGGUCAACGAAUCGGCCAGCCUGCGAGAGAGGAUCGAGUUCCUCAACGAGGCCUCCGUCAUGAAGGCCUUCAGCUGUCACCAUGUGGUACGCCUCUUAGGUGUUGUGUCCAAGGGUCAACCCACCCUUGUGGUGAUGGAGCUAAUGACGCACGGUGACCUAAAGAGUUACCUGCGAAGCCUGAGGCCAGACUCCGAGAACAACCCAACCGGCCGUCCUCCACCUACCCUGAAGGAGAUGAUCCAGAUGGCUGCGGAAAUCGCAGAUGGCAUGGCCUACCUCAACGCCAAGAAGUUUGUGCACAGAGACCUGGCAGCCAGAAACUGCAUGGUAGCAGAGGACUUCACUGUCAAGAUUGGAGACUUUGGUAUGACACGAGACAUCUAUGAGACUGACUACUACCGUAAAGGAGGGAAGGGCCUGCUUCCUGUCAGGUGGAUGGCUCCGGAGUCUCUGAAGGACGGAGUCUUCACUGCCCACUCUGACUGCUGGUCGUUCGGCGUCGUGCUUUGGGAGAUCAGCACACUAGCAGAGCAGCCUUACCAGGGCCUGUCCAAUGAGCAGGUUCUCAAAUUUGUCAUGGACGGAGGAUACCUGGACCGCCCGGACAACUGUCCCGAGAGGAUGCACAACUUAAUGCAGAUGUGCUGGCAGUACAAUCCCAAAAUGCGGCCGAUGUUCCACGAGAUCAUCGAAAUGCUGCGGGACGACCUGCACCCGUCUUUCCAGGAGGUCUCCUUCUUCUACAGCGAGGAGAACAAGGUCCCCGAGACCGAGGAGUUUGACUUGGACCUGGACAACAUGGAGAGCAUCCCCCUGGACCCGUCCUCUUACUCUCAGAGAGAGGAGAGCUUAAACAGAGACGGCGGGCCCUCUGUGGCCCUGAGGGGGAACUAUGAGGAGCACGUCCCCUAUACACACAUGAACGGUGGCAAGAAAAACGGACGAAUCUUAUCGUUGCCCAGACCCAGCCCUUCCUAACGUUUCCUGUUGUCCGGAAAGAACUUGUUGAACUGGCCCAACCUCAACCUUCCUUCUCUUCUCCAGCAGCCCUCUCGGAAUCCUUCAGAAUCCUCCCAAUGUGUUUUUUUUCUUUUAUCCUUGGAGAAGACCUUCUCAACAUACACACACAGAUCUCAGGAUUUUUACUUUUUCUUCCUCAUGACUGCCAAACACAGGCUAGCAAGGGAUGCAAACAGCACAUGGGUCUUUCUGCUAUCAUCCUUUUGGUUUCUUGUUCUCCCCACGUUUCCAAGGACGCAUUUUGUUGGAAACGGUUGAGGGAAACACACACACACGUACACACAAAAAAACCAACUGUGAACACGAGGAACCUUAGACAACCACAAGGCUGCUUCUUAUGCUCGACCUCUUAAAAAACGUGGCUCUCCCUUCUUCUCCAGACUCAGUCUUUUUACUCAGAUAGUGGCCUUUGGAUAUGUGGCCUAUACAUGAAGAGAAGUGUCUCUCUCUGCGCUCGUGUUUGUUCCCGACGAUUACAUUUCAGUUUGGAAACGGUGAGAUGAGUUGAUCAUAGAACAAACGUCUAAUCCUAGAGGAACGUUGGGUCUUUUGCUUUUGUUUUGCUUGUUUUGUUUGUUUGUUUUCCUUCUUCCUUCUGGUUCUGCAGAAUUCCAAAAUGACACACAUAUUCAUCGGGUGAAUAGUUUUAAUUUAUUUGCUUUUAUCAUUGUUUUCUCUCUUUUCUGUGUCCUCACUUAUAUAGCUGAAGGAUAUUUAAACAGUUAAGAGUUGGACAAAGGAGUUCCUCAGACUGACCAAUAGCUGCUGCUUUGAUAUAUUUUACUAGAUAUAGAAAUAUAUGAAUUUAUAUAAUAUAUAGUAUAUAUGGAAUAUUGGUAUGAAGGUACCAACAUUUUAUAUAUAUAAUAUAUGAUAUUGAUGUUUUUUGUACAUAGUUCAUAUUUGUAAUAUUUUUCAUCCAAAGCUUUGUUAGUAUCUAGAUUUUUAUUUUUUGCCAAUGUUUUUCCUUGAAAUGUUUUUAUUUUUAUAGCCCCAGAUAUCCCACUAAUCCGCCAUUAGUGCUCUCUCCUCUCGUAUUGUGACCACCUGGACGGGAAAUAACUUCAACCCACUGAAUCAUUUCUCCUUUUGUUCUUCUUGUUGUUAUUAAGCCCCCGUCGGACCCUCUGUCUGUAUGAAGAGGAGACUUUUUUUUAAGGCGAUAACUAAAACCAUCAGAAAAAAGCUUUAGGAAAAAAAAAGGACGGAAGAGGUCACGUGACGAUUGAUCACAUUUUGCUCCGAGGGUGGCCCAAUGAAUGUACUUCUUUUUUUUUUUUUUUUUUAUGAUGGCAACACUAGUUCCUGUAUUAGUUGGAAGGUUCCGAGUAUCCUCAAGUUGGGUUGGCCUGUGUGAUCUUUAUGUCCACUUUGGCAAAAUUUGUCAGAAUCUACAAAACUGGCCUAAUCUCCAGUGAGAAGAAAAGUGCGACUUUCUCCUUUGUCUCCUUGUUAGGUUUGCCUCUGCAUGUUUCUCCUACUUUCCAUGCUUCCCCCAACCCUGCUUUGUUCCACUCCCACCUUCCACGCAAUGGCUACAAAGUUCCAGCAGGUGGAGGAGACAGACGAUCUUUUUGAGUUGAGGGCAUGUGAGCGCGCCAAUUAUUAUAUUUGUAUCCUCCAAGGAUACAUUUCAUUGUUUGUUUGUUGUUUUUUUUUUCCAGUUUGUGUUUUUGCGAUUGCAACAGCACUUGAGAUCUAAAUGCUGGCUAAAAAUUGGAUCUCCGUUUUUUUGUUCACUGAAUGAAGCUGUAAUUGAGCAACUUCCCCACUAUGCCCCAAUAUCCACAAGGAGCACUUAAGAAAAUCCCAAAGAUAUCCCGUAGUAUGCAUUGUGGUUGUCUACGGCUUCCUUUUCAACUGCACGGGCUCCCGACUGAUGCUUCUCGAGCGCCGGUAGUGUGAAUCACCGCUGCUUGCUCACUGGUUGAGGAUUUUGGAGGGUUUGAUGAUACAUGUCAGUGUUAACAUCCGCUUACCCCGUUGCAGUGCCUUAGCAAUGGACGCUGCGCGAUUGUACUCCACCCUUUCCAUUUUGCAGCAGCGUGCCCUCCGUCGUCUUUGGGGAAAAAAGGGAGGAAGUGAAAAGGGACACUCCUUCCGCUUGGUCUGACUGAGGUUAUUUUGCUUAUUUGUUGCAGUAGAAAUCCAAACGGGGCCGAGUAGAGCCGGACAGUGGAAUUGCGUUGCGGGUCCACUCGGGUCUGACUUUGUGGGAUUUAGUUGCCGCAAUUUACUCCUAUUCUUUCUCCUGCUUGCUGCCUCUGCUCAACACUCAACCUUGCUUCGUUUUAUCACAACAUCAUUUUAAAGGAGCAUUAUCGCUCUUAAUGAAUUCACCCAUAUCAGUCAAUGAGUGUGCAACCCGACAAUUACGGCCACCAAUCGGGUCCUGUAGCGUUCAGAAGCUUGUCAGAAUCUUUCAGAAGCCCUUCUGCUUUAUACCAGUGCCUUCUCCAAAGUAGGAGUUGCAAAGCAUUAGUGGGGUCGUGCGAGGAGGUAGAGCUUUGAUAAAUCUUGGGCUCUUGUAAAUGAUAUGUGAUGUAGUUCAGUUAAAAAGGAUUUGAUGCAUGAUAGAAACAUGGUGGACUUGAGCUGCGUCACGCUAACGGUGUUUCCUAACCUUUAUUGAGACAAAUUAACAUUAGAAAAGGCUCACCAAACGUAAAUGUGACUCAAGUAUAUCCUGUAUCCCGAAAAGAUUAUAAUUCUGGUUCGGUUGACUCAAAAAUGGACUGACUCAGUGUGGGCCUGUACACACAAAGCUAUUCUGUCGUAUGAAUGGCAACAGGGGGAUUCACGGGUUGCGGAUAUCUCACCUGUGCCAUCUAGUGGAAGAACAUUGAAUUGUUCUGCCUGUCACUGUACAUCGCUGGCAUAGAGCAGAAGCACGAUAGAUCAUCGCUAAUUAAAACCAAAAAAAAAAAACAUUUUCAGACCAGUAAAGUGAAAUUGGGUGAGUGGCAUGACACAAGGGUUGGGAAUCACUGCAGCAACAUUUGAUAUAGUACAUAACACAGAACCGUUUGGCUUUACAAGAACUUUCAAGUCACUGUGAACGCAAGCGGCUCCGAGUUUCGUAGUAUGUCGUAUGAAAGGUGAACAGAACUCUUGGACACCUCUUGUGGCAUAUGCAAUUCCUCAUCAAGAUGGUGCCCGAACUUGUAGAUAUUUAUUUUGUUACGAUCAUGAGCAAAGCGGUUAGCAACCAUUUGGAGCAUUAAAAAAAAAAAAAGAAUUGAAAAAAUUGGUGGGUGUGUGAGGGUGAAGCGAUCCGGGAGUCCCGUUUGUUGUCGUUGAGGAAUGCCUGCGCGUUGUUUAACGUCGUUGUCGUCGUCGUUGUCGUCCUUGUUGUCUCUCGUCUUGGCCGAAGUCUACCUGAGUGCACGCAGAGGCGAGCGUGACAUGCAAUCUUUUCAAACAUCGCUCACAUGAGUGGCCUCCUUCUACCUUACACACAUUUUGAUGAAUUUUCCAUUAAAUGGUUGAUGACAUUCCCCCAUUUUUGUUUUUAAGCUAAUGUUGCACUGGAGCUCCCUCAAAAUAUACUUUUCCCAAGUAAGCCUAAUCGCGUGUGCUCAUUGACACUAAAUGGACCAAAGUAUUGGGACAUUAAAACAGCGGAAAUGAAAUCAUUUCAAGGUAGUCCCUGCCCUUUUGCGACAAAAACAGGAUUUUGUGUUUAGUCUGAGGGAAUAUUUUGUUUUUGGACCAUUGUGAGACCAUACGAAAUUCUUUCACUCAACCAUGAACCUUGCUUACUCCAUUGGUGCAGAAGAAAAGGGGGGUGCGGGGGCAUCUCAGUAGCUUGUCCCAAGACUUUCGUUCAUCGGGUGUCAAUGCCUCUGGUUUUCUUGUCCUUUGUGUUCCAAGUCUUCUACUGUGAAUAUCAAGAGAAUAACAAGAACGAUGUGCGGAUUGGGUGUGUAGGGGUGAUCGGGACAGGCUGGGUUGAAAGAAGAAGAGGAGGAGGAAAAGCAGGCAAGCCAACCGCCCCCCCCCCCCCCCCCCCCCCCAAACAAACAUUCUCCCAUUUGGGUUGGACAAAGCAAGACUGGGACAAUCCUGUGUGCCAUACAAACUCAAACCAGAUGUAGAAAAUCUCGAUUGUAACCUUUUUUUGUAGUCUCAGGGAGGCGGCCUGAUACUCGGAGGAGGAUGAAGAGAUACACCUUAGCUACCUUUUAUAUCAGUCGUGACUGAACAGAAAGUUCUCAGCAUCCUUGCCGAAAAGGACGCGCAAAGCCCACCCUCCUCAUCGAAUAUUCUCUUUUCACCAGGUUGACAUCCUGUCUGUUUUUGGAGACAAUCAGGAAAACCCUGCGCUCUUUCUGACGUCAAGCGGCUUGGACUGGCCCCUAGUGGCUGGAUGGGAGAAUUGCAAAGCAAACCCACCUACAAUAGUGCCUUGCUUUGAACCCACAGAACCCCUUUGGGCACACCUCCAAAUAUGAAACGAAGCCCAAUGAAAUCUGCUCUUUUAUGAAAUCUGUGCUACUCAAAUUGUUUAUUGAGAUCAAAUAUCCUUUGGGAUUAGUAUGACCGAUUUGUACCAAAAAAGAAACAAAUAGAACUUUUUUUUCUGCUCUAAGCUUGCUCCAUGUAUGGAAAGAGAAAAUGAUGUAUACCAGCCGAUAGCUUCUUUAAGAUAUACAAACACUCGUAGAAAAUAUGUAUGUCAGCACACGCAAUGUAGGGAUUCCCAUUGUUGCAGACCUACAUCCCAACAUUCAGAAAAAUAAGCUCAUUCAGUCGCUCUUAACUGUAAAUAGCAGUGGAUCCCCUCCUCUUUUGCCCGGAAACAUGAAAGCACUUGAUUUAGGGAAGUUUGCUUUGUUCAUGACCUGACCUUAAAAAAAAAAAAAAUCUUGCUCAUAUCUAUUGGGUUGCAAAGUCGUCGGCAAUUGACGUUACUUGGCAAGUUUAGCAAGCCCGUUGUUUGGAAAUAUUCACUCAGAAGUUUUUUCUGCGAGAAUUUAUGGGAAUUAGGGAGUGUGAUUUUAUUUUCAAGCUGUUUCCAAAGCAUGCUUUUAUAUAAUACUUUGAAACUGUAAUAAUUUGUGUAAUAUUUUUGUGUCACUAUUGAUUUAUUGGCUGGUAAAAACUAUCAUAGAUUAAAUGUACAUAAAUUAUUAAUGUAUUUUCAAACCUCUUAAUUUAAAAUCAGAUUAGUAGCAAUUCAAAUACGGUGUUGCCUCGCUGCUUUGCAGAUUGGUUAUUGUAGAUUCACUCUAUUGGGGAUUUUGAUUUGUGACCAUAACUUAAUGCUUUGCCGUUUUACCUCACUAUUUUGGCACAUUUUCUUGCUGUUUUCUUCUUUCUACGUCGGACUAGUCAAAAAUGUAUUUUGUUCGGGGGUUGGGGGGAUGAAUUUGUUUGAACAAAAAUCGAGACCAUGAAAAAAAUCUGCUUGACCCCUAAAGGGUAUUUAUAUAAGGAUGAGAAUCACUUACUGGGAGGGGCUUGGAACGUAUCACCUGCAAAAAGUGAGGGAACGUGUAUACACACAAACACAUAUGUUAGGGUUGUGUGUUUCUCCAACAAACGUAAGUCAACACAUAUCCUCGAUACAUGAGGUCUGAUUUGAUUCACCGGGAUUCAAAUUCUCCAUCGUAUGGCUCAGUUUGUGAGGGUAUGAUGCACUGAGUUUCUUGUCAUUUGGCCUAAGAAUGAACUUGUCAGUACUAUAGAUGCAACAUUUCUUUCAAAGAUGGAUGUCUCCAAUAAAAGAUGAUUUAAUGCUGUACGUAUUUUUGACACAUUUUGAAGUGGAACGAUUAUGGUUCAAUCUGAUGCGCUCGAAUCUUCAAUCAAAACCGUGGAUAUGCUUUAUCUGAAACAAAAAAAAAUAUACAACUAUACCCGAUACAUUUUGCCAUGUUUGGAGCCAUAUGGCCACAGUGUAUACAUGCCAGAGUUGUGCAAUCAAAAAUGUGUUUUCCCUCAUUUGAUUUCCCUUCAAGGACAAGCCAGGCAAGAUGAUGCAUCCUGUAAAUUUCUCUGUGUUCCCACUAAUUCCCAUUCAAAGUGUCCAAAUUUUGUCAUGUGUGGGUUGAGAACAAAGCAUUUGUAUGUAUCAUUAUGAUUGUUGUUUGAAAGAGGAAAAAAAAGUAUUACAUUUUAGAGAAACGUCGAUAUAUAUGUGUAUGUAUAUACACAUAUUAGCUAAAAUAGGGAGGGCAAACAAUGACUUCUUUUUCUUACUGUAAACUUUUACUACUAUUGUACAUUAGGAAUUAGUUGUUCGAGUGGAUAUUAAUUCAGUUUCGUUGUUUUCUAAAUCAAGAGAAUAUUUUCUGUUGUCAAUGACGACGCAGCCCACUACACAGGAGAAGAGCCUGUGGAAACAUACACGUACCGUACACACUUUGUGCCACCACUUCCCGAGCCCCCCACCUGCCUUCUCUCAACCCAAUGCAUGUUCCCAAUGCGAGCCCAAGUGCAUCACUGAGGCGUGUUUAGUUUGGGUCGGUUUUCCCCCCCAAUGCGAGCCCAAACGCAUCACUGAGGCGUGUUUAGUUUGGGUCGUUUUUUGGGCGGGGGCUAAAUAAUGUGUAAACUGGACGAGACCACUUCACAAAAUUUGGAAAGGGAGGAAGACGAGUGAUGAAAUAAGCUAUGAAGAUGGUUCAACCACCUUUUUUUUUUCAACCCUUUCCCCCAAGUUGUAAAAUCAGAUUGCGAUGGCUUCUUACAGCGAUGAAUGAAUUAUUUUCGGGGAAUAAAAAGUACUUGCUGAUGAUUUUUAUUCAGAUUUGUCGCAUUUGUUAUGGACAGAUGGGUGUCUGUCCAGUGGUCUGCUCCAGUUUUACACAGCAACACAGCAGUACUUUAGUUUGAAAGUGUUGUCUCCUCGGUGCACAUACGUAUUGUCACUUGUAGUGGCCACCGUGUUGUGUCGUUGUUGUGCAGGUUACCUCUUUGUUGUUCAUCUGUUCAUGCUGAUGUGUUCGUUUUGGGGAUAUGUUGCGUACACAUUCCUGUUGUGAGUCUGCAGCAGUCAGCGUGUGUGUGUGUGUGUGUGUGUGCGUGUGCGUGUGCGUGUGCGUGUGCGUGUGUGUGUGUGUGUGUGUGUGUGUGUGUGUGUAGUCCAAACCCAGAGAGAUCGCUUCCUCCCUCACACUGGAUCCAAAUGUGCCAUUAUCAUUAUGCAUCACAUUUAUCAACACACACACACACACACAGAAUUACAUGAUGCAUAUUGUACAGGAUCAAAAGACAAAAAAUGUGCCAUGACUAAAUGAAACGCUUGACAAUUUAUUUUUUCUAUGUUUUCAAAAGGAGAGCCAAGUAGUGACAUGUACAGAAAAUGUUGCAAUGAUAUGAAAAUACAAAUCUUGCUGUGUGUAAAUUAUUCAUCAAUUAACUGUUUAUAUUAAAAUUAUUAAUAAAAUUAUUGGAGAAUGUC